AUGCUUCCACGAUUGCUACGUUCGAGGGUCCUACCCAGCUUGGUUGGGGCGAGAAGCGCAAAUGCUGCCAGGUCUGUGGGAGCGUCAACGGUGCUGAAGAGGACGUUAAUUGCUGCACCUAAAGCUGGAGAUCCUCCGCUGAUGAGUAGAAGAGCGGAUAGAGAACUGCCUGAGCUUCCAGAAAAUGGAAUGAAGUGGGUAAAAACCGUUCCCAUCUUCCUCAUCGUCCUAAUAUCCUCGACCCUCGCAAUCUUCAAUUACCAAAAGUCCUCAUCCUCCGUUGUUUCCUCCACUCUAUACGCCCUGCGUACCUCUCCCGCAGCCCGAGAAUAUCUAGGCGAUGAGAUAUACUUUGCGAACAAGAUGCCUUGGAUCUGGGGCGAGAUGAACCAGUUGCAUGGGCGGAUCAAUAUCCAUUUCGAGGUCAUGGGAAAGAAGAAUAAGGGUACGAUGAGGUUUACGAGCUUCAGGAGGACCAGGAUGGGCAUGUUUGAGACUACGGAGUGGAGUUUGGAGACGUAUGAUGUGGAUGAGAAUGGAAAGAGGAGGAAGAUUGAUUUGUUGGAUGGCAGUGAUCCGUUUAAGGGGAUUGAGAUGGAUGCUGAUGAGCUGAAGGUUGUUGGACGAGGAAGUUAUGCACCAAAUCUUUCAGGAUGA